AUGAAUUCGAUUAAAAAACGCCCAAGAGAUACUUAUGAUCAAGCCGAUCUACAAUCCCAUACAACGCGAUUGAACGAUCGUAUUAUUAAACAUCAACUACACAAUUAUGGGUCAGCUAUUGAUAUAUAUGAUGCAGUUGCGCGGACAUUAUUACCUUAUUGGGAAUAUAAUGAACGAUAUAAAAUUAAAAUUUUUAAACAUUUACGAUUGGACACACCUGGUAUUGCUAAUAUGGCACAUCAUGUUCGUGCUCAAUUACAAGCAUUACAUAAUGAAGAAAAAAGCUCGAUAACUAUUUGUGGUAUUGAUAUAUCGAGUGGAGCAACUUCUGUCUAUUUAGAAAGUUCUCCGCAUGGACGCACAUUUCAAAUAUUAUCGAAUAUACUUGGAAUUGAAAUUCGUCUUGUUACAUCAUAUAUCUAUGAGGAAAUUCUUGCCGUUAUACCAAACGAUUUGUUAGAAAUACAACCAUUAUAUAUUGCAUUUAACGAUGUUUCAAAGCAAUUUUUUAUGCUCGAUAAACCAGCAAAUGUAAAACGUGAUGAUUUAUUAGAACAUCAACAAACAAUUGAUCGUCUUAUUCAAAACUAUACUUUAAUACCAACUGUUAUAUCAACACCGAAUCCUCGUUGUUUAUCAUUGUUUCUAUGUAUUGCUCACAUAUUAAAAUCGACUGCCAUUGAUUUUCUUGAUACAUCAUCAUUAGCUAUGCAAAUUCGUGAUGCGACUUAUCAACAGAUAAAAUCAAAUUUUGAUCGCUAUGAAAAAUAUAUUCUUCCAUCCGUGUCGAAUAAAUCGAAUCAUGUUGAUAUUCGCCGUGAUAUUCAAUGGCUUAUGGAAACGAAUUAUUAUCGAUAUCAAUUAGAACGACCAAUAUUAUUUGCACUUGCACAUGUUCUGCAAUGUAAUCUAUUAAUAUUUUCAUCGUCGUCAUCAUUAGAACAACAACCCGAAAUAAUUGAUUACGAUAAUAAUAAUAAUAAUAAUAAUAAUAAUAAUAAUAAUAAUAAUCGAUCGAAUGAUAAUGAUAAAGUUAUUGUGUUGCUUAAAAAUGAAUCUACACAACGUUUUGCAAGUGCUCGAACAACGUAUCCAUUGAAUCAUUUAUUCGUUCGAAAAGAAUUCGACAAUUCAGCCGACGCAAUCUAUGAAACUAUUGAUUCUUCGCCAGUGUUCGACAACAAAAAUAAGUCAACAUCAAACAAUACUUUUUUCAGUAAAACAAAAGAUAAAUUUGUUACAGCUGUCAAUAAACUAGUUGACAAUUAUGGUAAUGUACCAAAAAAACAAACAUUUGGUAAUCAUUCACAACAGCGAUCGAACAAUAAUAGUAAUAACAACGAACGAACAAUACCAACAUCACCUAAUGAACAAAAGCCAUCGAGUACAAAACGGCCAGCUCCUUUAGCUGAACAUAUACUUCGACAACAGGAAGAGUCACGUUCAACGAAUAAUCAAACUUCAGAUGUAACAUAUGAAAAUACAAAAACUACGCUACCAACGCCAGUACCACGUCGAUCGACAACAUCAUCAACUCCAAAUAAAACUUCUCAACCUUCGUCAUCAAAUAAACGUCAAUUACGUGCUGUUCCUUACAAAGAUCGACAAACAGCGUUAACGAAAAUGCGCACAACAAAAACGCCAAUGAACAAAAAUAUAUUUUUUGGUGUUACUGUUGAAGAUGUUGAUGAAAGUACAACAGCCGAUGAAGCCAAUCAUGAUGAUGAUGAUGAUUCAUUUAGUGAUGAAGCCAUGGAUGAGCUGCAAACGGUUAUUCUCAAAGAAAGAACGAAAACAACGACACCAGCAACACCAAAAUCGUCAUCAUCAUCAGCAACAACAACAACAACAACGCCAAAAUCGUCAUCAUUAUCAGCAACAACGACAACGACAACAAAAUCAUCAUCAUCAUCAACAACAAAAGUAUCAAAUAAAUUACCUUAUGAUAAUCAUGGGCAAAAAUCAACAGCAUAUCAUUAUGAUCAUGAAGCACUUAAACGACAGCAACAAAGUCAUACUAAAGCUGAUGAAGACAUAUAUGAGAAUGAUCGUCAUCGAGAUGAUUUAAAUCGUGACGAUGAUAUUUAUUUAUCAACAUCAGAUAUUGUGCAACAAGAUCGAAAACAACUACAAUUAUUUAUUAAUGAUCGAACGAAUAUUAAACAGCAACCAGCAUCAAUAAGACAACAAGAACGUAAAACAUCAGCAACAAAAUUGCCUUCGACAACUACGAAUACUAAUGAUCGUCAAUCAUUUUUAAUUGAUAAAGACGCCGUUCUGGAAGUACUUGGCCAUAAUAUUGCGCAACGUGAUCGUCAUAUUCUUAUGAAAGUUCUUAAACAAGAAGAUAUUGUAUCGAAAGAAUGGGAACGCCUACUAUUUUUACUUGAUGAAUAUGUUAAUAAUCCAAAAAAAGAAAAAAAAGAACGUGGCUUAUACGCAUUAACAUUAAUGGAGAACCUUGAUCGACUCGGUUACGAUAUGCUUGAAAUACAAUCCACAGGACAUAAUCAUUUUAAAGCUAUUGCCAAAUCAAUAUUACUUAUUAUUGAAAUCAAUGACUGGUUCAGUGAACAUAUAUGUCGUGUAUUACAUUUGAAUGGACCAAAUGAUUCUCGUAUGGUACGUCAUUUAAGAAAAUUAUGUAUAAGAGAAUGGUCCAAAUAUCCAGAUGAAUAUCGAACAUUAUUUUCUCAACGCAAUACUACACAACAGCAGCAACAACAGCCGCAACAACGAGCAACAAUAGAUUUGGCACGUGAAUUAGAACGCUUUCGUUCAGAAGAUUAUUAUCGUCCGGAUAUGUGUGCGCUAGUGAAUCAAGCAUUAGCAACAGCUCUUGCCGUACCGGUUCAUAUUGUUCGUGCUGUACGUGAACCGAAUAGUCCCUUGGAAGUUUAUCUACCUAUGCGUGGUAUUUCUCGACCAGGCUUAGCAAUCGUACUUAUUGCAAGUCGUCCGAAUAUAGGCGAUGGUCAUUACGAUGUUGCAGUACUCAAAGGACAUCCUCAAACGUUACGUAAACAUCGAAAUGUAACAUUUGAUGAUAAACCUGAAGUUCGAUCAUUUGAAACAAAUGCUGACGAACAUCAACAACAGCAACAACAACAAAUGCUUAAAACCGCACAAACAAAUUCUAAUGCAUCAUUACAACAACAACAACAACAAGCAUCAAUAAUGAAUCCAGCUUUGUUAGCUGCACAUCAAGCACAAUUUUUUGCUAACCCAUUCAUGUAUACACCAUUUACAUUUGCUACUCCUCAACCACAACAAUCCCAACAACAACAACAACAACAACAACAACAACAACAGCAGCAGCAGCAGCAGCAACAACAACAACAACAGCAACAACAACAAUUACCAAGUUCGCCUUCAAUGAUUCGAGCUACCAAUCCGAAUACAGCAAAUAAUAAUCAAACGAAAUCGAAUAUCACCGGUGCUACAAAUUCCACAAUACCUGCUACAACUAUGAUGAUACAACCGCAAAUGCCAUUUAUUCAAAUGCCACAAGCACAACCAACAUUUGUUUAUACUCCACUAAUGCAUACAGCACAACAGCCAACCGCAACGAAUGGAACUGCUACCUUCUUUUAUACGCCAGCGAACUAUCCCAUGUGA